AUGACUGUUAGAGUACCUGCUAAAAAAGUGGAAGAACUUUUGAAGCUUUUGCAAAAUUGUCUAGUAAAAAAGAGACUUACGUUAAAAGAAUUGCAGUCUUUGACUGGGAAGUUGAGUUUUUGUAGUCAAGCAGUAAGAGCAAUUUCACAGGUUACAACAGUUAGCACCAGAGGCACAAGCGAGUCCAGAAUCAGUCCCGCCGGAGUUUUUACUGAUGAUCUGCAACAAGAGGCUAAUAUAUUGCUAGACAAUUCCCUUGCUGCUAAUACAAAAAAGGCAUACAUCGUUGGGUUAGAGAGAUUCUCUGAGUUUAAAAGGCAAUACGGCUUGUCAGAUGCCUGGCCGCCUACAGUUGAACAGGUGGUUCGAUUUGUAGCAUGGCUAUCCCUACAGAAACUAUCCCACAAAACAGCAAAAUCAUACUUAAGCUCUAUAGCUUUUCAUUGCAAGCUGCUUGAUGUUGUUGACCCUACCAAAAAUUUCAUUGUUUCAAAAAUGGUGGAAGGAAUGCAAAAAGAUAAGAAAACACACGAUAAUAGGCUUCCAAUUACCCUCUCGUUACUGCAAGGGAUAGUAAGCAAACUUAAUAUUGUGUGUUCCAGUGUCUACGAAGCAAAACUGUUCACUGCAGCUUUUAUGCUAGCGUUUUUCGGUUUUCUAAGAGUUGGCGAAAUAGCUGUUCCUAAAAAAGGACUAACAAAAACCAAGUUGUAUUUAGGGAAAACCAUCUGGAUACUGGGUUCAUCAAUAAUCAAGCAAGCCUUCAUAGCAGCAAGAUUACGACCUGAAGGGGCCAACCUCUGCCUUGAACCCAACAUCAUCUGGUGGCAAGGGUACAGUGGGUUAACACUUGCAGAAUCAAAGAAAAAAUUUCUUUCGCUUGCCAAUGUGGGUAAUUCUCCAGACUAUAUUGUGUUACAUUUAGGUGGUAAUGAUCUUGGUCGUCGGUCACUGGUGGACCUUCGAAAAUUGAUUGUCGAGCUAUUCAGGACUAUACUGUCUAUAUUUCCAAGUGUUAAGAUUGUAUGGUCUGCAGUGCUUCCAAGGUCAAAUUGGAGAUAUUCUGAUAAUAAAGUUGCUAUGGACAAAGCAAGAAAGCGCCUUAAUAGUCAUGGUUCAUCUAGGGCUUUGGCAUGUGGAGGGCAUUACUUGGCCAACUCUGACUUUGGAAAAUUUGAGGAACAUUUGUUUGAGAAGGACGGAGUCCACUUGUCAACUCUGGGUACAGAUAUUUUUCUUUCUAAUAUGUCUGCAGGGCUUGAAAAAUUUAUAAAGCAUAAUACACCAAUCCAUUACUGAAGUUCUAGAUGCACAAAUUUGGGGGUUCUUACAAUUUUAAAUCCCAAACAUUAUGUAUGUUGGUGUUGCUAUUGAGUCCAAAAAUAGAUAUUUGCAGUUAGUUUGUAUGCAUAUUUUUCUUACUCAUAUGUAUGAAAAAAGAAAAAAGAAAGUUUUUUGCUGCUAAUUUUUAUGCAAUUUUUUGCUGCUAGUUUUUCUGCAUUUUUUUUUUCUGCUGGGUUUUAUGCAUUUUUGCUGCUAGUUUUUAUUCAUAUCUUUGCCUUGUGUUUAUAGUUUACUGCUUCCGACUCCAAGCAUGUUUGGGCCGCUGGGUCAGCGUUGUUGGGUGGCCAUAUGGCAAUCAGUGCCGGAUGGACGCUUUUUACCUGGCACAUUUUUUGGGGAAAAUAUAUAUGAUUUUGUUGGGAGUGCUGAUGGCCGUCACCCGGAGUCAGCACUCAUAUACAAUUUAUUUGUGCAGUUAGUUAUUUGCAGUUAGUUUGGGCUUGCCAUGUUCGCAGGUGGCCCUUGCUGCUUGGAGUCGAGACAUUAUAUGCCAGAACCAUUUUUUAUGUUUUUAUGUUAUAAGGUCCUUUAAUAAAAAGUAAAAAUUUAGUUGAGUUUAUAUUUACUGUGUGAAAAGGGUUAUUCAUCGGAGUUUUCAUAGAGGCUUGCCCAUGUAAUGCUAGGUGGCAGUUUGGGUUUAGUUCUUGGCCUCUACAAUAAUAUGGUCUAUUACUAAAUAAUAGACCUGUUUAUUGUUGGGCCACUGCUGGGCUGGUUUUUCAGUUUUCUUAUUGUUGGUGUUUUUUAACCGAAGUAGCUAAUUUUACAGAUUUAAAAUUUCUUUCUCAUUGUUAUCUACACAAACAAAAGGUUGUAAAUUUUCUCCCCUCCCACCCAACCCAUGUAGUUUGUUUUUACACAGUGUUGUUCUGUCACACUUUACUGCGUCCGUUAUAUAUUAAAAAAUUUGGUCAGGCUUAGGGUAAAUAUAGAUUUAUUUUAAGUUUUAUUUGCCUGUCCACAUUAAUUUUAAUAACAUAAGGGGAAACUGAUUGUUUUCCGUACUAGAUUUGGUUUUAGUAUAUUACAUAUUCUGCUGGUUUGAGUUGCGUUUUUCAGUUUGCCGUGUAGACGCAGAGUACCAAACGUCGGAUACAGGUCGGUCACGACUCCACUUCCGAUGGGGCAGUUCGGACACCUCGGGUUUGUCGACAGUCGCUUGAAGUUAACAGUUCCUUGGCAAUCAGUGCCGGAUGGACGCUUUUUACCUGGCACAUUUUUUGGGGAAAAUAUAUAUGAUUUUGUUGGGAGUGCUGAUGGCCGUCACCCGGAGUCAGCACUCAUAUACAAUUUAUUUGUGCAGUUAGUUAUUUGCAGUUAGUUUGGACUUGCCAUGUUCGCAGGUGGCCCUUGCUGCUUGGAGUCGAGACAUUAUAUGCCAGAACCAUUUUUUAUGUUUUUAUGUUAUAAGGUCCUUUAAUAAAAAGUAAAAAUUUA